UUGUAUGAUCUGAUAUACUUAUUCUGCUCUUAUAUUUAUUUAUAUAUAUAGCAUGGCUCCAUGAUCUGCGUUGGCAAACUCGCGCUCCGAAAGUGGAAACCAACGGUGACGGAAGACUGAGAGACAUACAGACUGUCCGGUGAGAACCGCAGCUAGCGCUCCUUCAUUCUUCGCCAUCUCCCUGGUAGGUGCGCUUUCUCUCUCUCUCUCUCUCUCUCUCUCUCUAGGGUUUGUCUCUUCCGCAAGCCUCCUCUCCGAAUUUCCUGAGAUUUACGUUUCAUCUCUAUCUCUCUCUUUUGGUUGGAGAUGAGCUGUGUGGAAUUGUAGAUGAACGGGGUAAGAAACGGAAAGACUUGACCGGGGGAUUAACAAGGGGAGUGAUUCCGGCAGGGAAGAAAGAAUUCUUGAUUUCAGUGUUUUGGUUGAAAAUUUGUGGCGAAGAUUUGUCUCCCCAGCAAGUUUUUGAAGUAGCCUUGUUGUACAACAGAGCUGCCUUUUACGACUCAAGCAACCCCACGGGAAUCAUCAUAAAUAAAUAAGAAUAUAAACUCAGUUUCCUGUGAUUUUGGGCUCGGUGGUUGAAUGAGUGAAGUCUCCAUUCAUCCGACUUUCAAGAGGUUUCUAUCACUGGAGCUUCCAAUCAGGGAACUGCUUUUUGCUUCUUUAUUUUUUAGGUGACCCUGUUUUCACUGGGGUUAAAAAAAAAAGGGGAAAAGCGUUUUCCUCUGAAGGCAAGAAGGGAGAAUGAUGGAAAACAUGAAUAGGUUUUUGUUGUCAGUUGCAAUGGAAAAUCAAGGCGGAGGAGAGUCGUUGUUUGCGACUAUCAAAAUUGCAGUUCUACCGGUAGCCAAAGUGUUUACUGUGUGUUUUAUGGGAUUUCUUAUGGCAUCCAAAUAUGUAAACAUUUUGCCAGCCAACGGAAGGAAACUCUUAAAUGGGUUAGUCUUUUCACUCUUGCUUCCAUGUUUAAUCUUUUCUCAACUUGGACAAGCUAUCACUGUACAGAAGAUGCUUCAAUGGUGGUUCAUUCCUUUCAAUGUUGUUUUGUCGUCCACAGUAGGCUCUCUAAUAGGUUUUGUCAUUGCAUCUAUUGUCCGUCCACCGUACCCAUUUUUCAAGUUUACGAUUGUACAGAUUGGCAUUGGCAACAUUGGGAAUGUGCCACUUGUCUUGAUUGCGGCUUUAUGCAGAGACAAAUCCAAUCCUUUUGGUGACUCAGAAAAAUGUGCUCAAGAUGGAAGUGCGUACAUCUCAUUUGGCCAGUGGGUUGGUGCAAUCAUCCUAUACACCUAUGUAUUUCAUAUGCUUGCACCUCCCCCUGAGGGUACCUUUGAUGUUGAGGAUGGAAAUCUUCCCAUCAAGGGUCCUCCAAAGGAUGGCACCACCCUUGAGCAAAUGCCAUUGCUUAAGCAGGAGGUUGAACCAACAAAUUCAGAUGCUCCAAAAAAUGGAAAGAUAAGAGGUUUUCUGGUUUUUGUAUAUGAGAAGUUGAAGCUCAAGCAGAUCCUUCAACCCCCCAUCAUUGCUUCUAUCCUGGCGAUGACAAUUGGUGCUAUACCAUUUUUGAAGAAAUUGAUAUUUACAGCUGAUGCUCCACUUUUCUUCUUCACUGACAGCUGUAUUAUUCUUGGGGAGGCCAUGAUUCCAUGCAUUUUGUUGGCAUUAGGAGGCAACCUUGUGGAUGGACCAGGAAGUUCGAAACUUGAUCUACGGACAACAGCUGCUAUUAUUUUUGGCCGGCUGGUUUUGGUUCCUCCUGCUGGACUUGGCAUUGUCAUGUUAGCCGAUAAACUUGGAUUCCUUCCCCCUGGCGAUAAGAUGUUCCGGUUUGUCUUACUUCUUCAGCAUUCAAUGCCCACAUCUGUGCUUGCUGGUGCGGUUGCCAGUUUAAGAGGUUGUGGUAGGGAGGCUGCUGCUAUCCUGUUCUGGGUUCAUAUUUUUGCAGUCAUCUCCAUGGCUGGAUGGGUCGUUCUCUAUCUCCAUGUACUCUUCUAGAAGAAUGGCAACGUGUUCUAGCCGAGCCAGAUGACUGACCAUUUACUUUCCCUCAGCUCUCACUUCUUAUUGAAAUGUUCAAUCGAUCCUGUUGAUAGGUAAAAUGUAUUAGUUUUGGUUAAUGAGAGAGCAUGGAAAUAUUUAUGGCCUGCCUGCCUGCCCUGUGAGCAUCUGAGUCAUGGCAUUGUUAAUGAAGAGCUGUAAAGAGGCACCCCAGUUCCCUUACCUCGAGUAAAUUUUCUUUUCUUUUCAAAGCUUUCAGCUUGUCAUCAUCAUCAAAAACUAUAUUAGCCUUCCAUAAGGCUUUGAAUUAUUUAUCUCUAAUGAAAUAAUGAAGGUUUCCACUUUGAGGAUCCACUUUCAACCA